CCUCCCACACAUACCGGCCCGCGAGUUGCAGAUUCAUCAAUCCAUGAUGUUCUUCGCGGGUGUAUCAGUAAUCGUCGACGGCAAGCUCGUGCACGCCACCACCUCCCCGACUACUGCCAGCGCCAGCGGGUACCACUUGCUUGUUGUUGAAGGCCAGUCGUGCACUCCAGAACCUAUUAAGUCUCGCUGUUUCAUAAUCGGAGGCCAUCGCUGGUACAUCAUGUUCUACCCCAAUGACGAACACCUGAACAACAAUGGAUAUAUAACCCUUUGGCUUCACCUCCAUAAGGAAGAGGCACCGGCUACAGAGACCGUGAAGGCACAGUUCAAGUUCAGUUUCGUUGACGAGACCGACAAGCACAAGCCGGCAUGCAUCCAUGGUAGAAAAUUAUCCGAGUUUGAAGCUGGCGGCAACGACGAGGGACGGGAGGCAAUGGGGAAAUCUGAACACCUCAAGGACGACAGUUUCACCAUCCGGUGCGACAUCGUGGUUGUCACGGAAGAAGUGAUCACCACCACCGGACCCACGGCCACCGCUUCUUCGUUAAUUGUGGUGCCGCCGUCCAACAUGCAACGAAACUUCACCGAUCUUCUCCUGACCGGAGAGGGCACCGAUGUGGCCUUCCGAGUCGGCGGCGAGACGUUUGCCGCCCACCGAUGCGUUCUCGCGGCCCGGUCUACCGUCUUCAGGGCGUUGCUCUUCGGUCCGAUGAAGGAAGGCACGUCCGCCAUGGUGCAGAUAGAUGACAUGAACGCAGCAGUGUUCAAGGCGAUGUUAGGGUUCAUCUACGGAGACUCACUUCCUGCACCAGCAGUGCAGGACGAGGACGUCGUUAUGCUGCCGCACCUUCUUGCUACAGCCGACAGGUACGACCUGCUGAGGCUGAGGAUGAUGUGGGAGAAGAAGCUGUGCGAGCACAUCAACGUGAGCACCGCGGCAGUCAUCCUGGCGCUCGCCGAGCAGCACGGCUGUGAAGGGCUGAAGAAGGCAUGCAGCGAGUUCCUCCGGUGUCCAGACAACCUGAGAGCGGUGCUAGCCACGGACGGCUUUGAUCAUUUGUGCAGGAGCUGCCCCACUCUCAUGAAGGACAUGAUACUUGGUGUGCUGCCGCCUGCCGGCUAAGUAGGACUUUCAUCAUCAUAUUGGUCGACAGCUCUUAUGUUCCUGUGAAUUUCCCACUUCCCUUGCUUACUGUAUUUGUCGUCGCAGAAGAAAAAGGGAAUGAAAGUUAAGUACGACUUUGUUCGAGAAGACUCAUGGAUGCUGCAGGCGAUGGGGUUGGUACCAUUUCUGACACUGGAUCAAGGAUCGAUGACGUUUUCUAGCUUGCGACGAAUUGCCAUCUUCAGUAUUGUUUCCCCCUUG